GAGAGAGCAGGGAGAAGGAUGGAGAAAGUAUGCUGCAGCCCAGAACAAUCACUGAUACAUAUGUCAUUACUCCGAGCAUGAUUACUCAGAGGGGAGGCAUGAUAAAGAAUUUUUAGAAACACUGAGAUUUUAGACUGGGGAGGGUGCAGAACGCACUGUCAUUUUGCACACAAAUGUGCUAAAAUGGACACCGUACUGGUCUCUAUGGUUACUCUGUAGGAUGCUCCUUGCUAUACCACAACUGAAAAGAAGACGAGAAGAAGCAAUGGAGGUCCUUGGAAGCCCGUCAGGGAGUCGCUUGCCAUGGGAGGGCUUCUCAGCAUGGCUGGAUGGCAUCUGCGUGGUUACCUUCGAUCUGGAACUGGGCCAGGCGAUGGAGCUUGUGUAUCCACUAAAUGUCAAGCUUACAGAAAAAGAGAAAACCAGCAUCUGCUACUUGUCUUUUCCCGACUCUUACUCAGGGUGUCUGGGUGACACUCAGUUUACAUUCCGCAUGCGACGUUCUGCAGGGCAGAGAAGCUGUCCAUUUCAGGAGAAUGAAAAGUACAACAGAGAGACUCCAGUAACACUGCAGAGGGAUGGUGCACAUUUUUAUGGAUACGUUUAUUUCCGUCAAGUAAGAGACAGCUCUGUAAAGAGAGGAUACUUUCAGAAGUCACUGGUUCUUCUCUCCAGCCUGCCUUACACCAACCUGUUUCAUACAAUCCUGCAGCUUAUUGCACCAGAGUACUUCAAUAAACUGGACCCUUGUCUAGAAGCCGUUUGCAAUCAGAUUGACCGCUGGCCUCUGCCUGAACCUGGAGUUCUACUGUCGCUUCCUAUAAUGGGACUUGUUCUACAGGUAAGGAUCCCAAGCCGAUCAGACCUAAUGGAAACUAAUGUUAUUAAUGAACAUCAAGAGGACCGUUUGGAGCCUCCAAGUCACUCCCUGAUUGUUCAUGAUGUAGAUCUGUUCAGGGCUUUGCAGUCUGUUUUGAUGAAUCUCCAGAUGCUCUGGGAACUGGUUCUAUUGGGAGAACCACUGGUUAUUAUGGCACCUUCACCAACCAUCUCUUCAGAAAUAGUAUUGGCACUGAUAAGCUGUAUCUCUCCAUUGAAGUUCAGCUCAGAUUUCCGGCCUUACUUUACUAUCCAUGACAAUGAGUACAAGGAGUAUACCACCAGGACACAGGCCCCACCCAGUUUGCUGCUUGGAGUGACCAAUCCAUUCUUUAUUAAGACGCUGCAGCACUGGCCACAUAUCCUGCGUGUAGGAGAGCCAAGAAUGUCAGGAGAUUUGCCCAAACAGGUAAAACUAAAGAAGACAGCAAAGUUAAAGACACUGGACACUAAAGCAGGAAUGUACACUUCAUACAAACCUUUUCUUCACAAAGACAAGACACUGAUCAAACAGCUGAUGAAGGGACUUCAGAAAAAGUUUCCAUCCUCCACACUCAGUUCAAUUCUCAGGAAACACCUGUUUGAACUGACCCAGAGCUUCAUCCUUCCCUUGGAGCGGUAUAUGGGUAGCCUCAUGCCACAUCACAGCUCAAUCACUGCCUGGAAAAAUCCACCUCAGGUACGGCCAUUCCAGCAAGAGGAACUGAUGAAGAUGCUAGAACACACUGGCCCACAAUUAAAUUCACCUAUAAAAGGAGAUUGGAUGGGUCUCUACAGGCGCUUCCUCAAGUCUCCUCACUUUGAUGGCUGGUACCGACUGAAGCAGCGGGAGAUGAGAGAGAGACUGGAGACUGCACACCUCAAAGUUAUUUGUGAAGCUAAUAUUUCAGCAUGGAUAAAGAACAAAUCAGAAGUGGAGAUUGUGGAUCUGGUGCUAAAACUCAGGGAUAAAUUGCAAAGGGCUUACAGACAACAACUCCCUGUCAGCGCUGCUUCACUGGCCAGGCUGAAAGAUCACAUUGAUGCUGUAAUCUGCUCACUUCCUGAAGACCUGCAGAGCAUCCUGCAUCCUCACUGAAAAACAUAAAAAGCAUUUUUCUUUCUGCCCAGAGAUCUGCAAAGCAAUCUGCAGUGCCCCUUGGAGGCCAGCAAAGCAUUUUCCAUCAGACCAAGUUUCUGCUCCCUCACUUAGAAGUCUAUAACACAACAGAACAAUAAAUCGUCCUUAAUUAUCACUGAGAGCCAUGAACAGCAUAUCAUAAUUUCAGUAAGUCAGUCUUACAUCCUGAAUUAAAGCUCUCACAUUAAUUCUGAGAAACCAUUUACAUGUUUCAUUACCUUAGGUAGUUGUAAAGCUUUCUAUCUCUUUACUGAGAGAGACCUGCCAACCCGAGAUAAUCUGAAAAGCAUUUAACAUCAUUCAGGAACUUUUUACAGAGAUUUUUGCUGUACCAAUUUAGCAUUUUCCACAUUAUCAUGCAUUGUACAUCCUAAUUUCCCCUUGGGCUUCAGCAGUGUUUAUGUGAUAAAACCUAGUACAGGUAUGCUUUCUAUAAUCCAGAAUGCUUGGAACCUGAUGUGGUCUGUAAAGGGGGUCUUUCUGUAGUUUCGAGCACUGUGCCUUAAAAUUUAAUUGUUUUCUAGGGCACAAUACUGUGCAUGUAAACAACAGCAGUUGUACACGCCUUUGCCAUGUGGUGCCAUUCUUUGAUUCCACCAUACAAUGUUAAAUGAUGUCAAGCUACCCUUUUUAUUGCAGUCAGGAAUUGUUUUUAUCUAUACACAGAAGAAUUACUUAUUACAUUACCAUAGGGAUGGAAUGCAAACACACAGCAACCUAAUGUACAGUCUUUUGUAGGUACAGUAUAUGUUUGUAUGCUCUCAAAGGCAGCAAGGAAACCAGUUUCUGUGAAGCUACAAACAGAGGCAAUUAUUUACUCUUUGUGAAAAAACACCUUCAGACUCAAACAGUAAAAUGAAAUACAGCUAUAAACUCCAAAAUCCUUAAAUAUUAAUGUAGGAGAUACAUUACGCUAUAUUUGCAAGCAGCAAAUACUUCAAUACAUAUGGCAGGCACUCACAAAUCCCAUGAGCAGACAAUAGUAAAUAAAAACAAAGAAGCUUUAUUGUAGACAAUUAGACCACAUUAUAGCCUUACACGUUUCGUGCACUUGGCACUUAAUGAUAGAAAACAGGAUACAGAAUGCACAAUAUAUACCCUAUAUUCACCAAUCACAAACACAGUUUUAUUAGCCAAUCAGAUCAUGGAAAAAAGGGAAAGACUUUAAAAACAAAGAAAAAAUACAAAUGUAAAUACAUAUAUACACAUACACCUGGGUUUGAAAUUUAUACAUUAUAGAAAUAUUUGUUUUUAUUUACUAUUGCGGGCUCGUGGGAUCUGUGAGUGUGCUUGUUUAUCUACAUUUUCUUUUUUUUACCUUGGCUCUUGGCAUAAGUUGUGAUAAUUUUGCCCAACUUGUUAUCAUGCUGCUAAAACUGUAGAUUGCCUCCAAUAAUACUGUAUUUGCUUCCUACACCUGCUGAUAAUAUGUCACCACAUCUGAUACUAUUGAGAAAACAAUUAAGUUUCUUCAGGCCCAAACACUUGUUUCCCUUAUACUGGUAUUUAAAAGGAUAUAAUUCUGUCAAAACUACUGUAAACUAACGAUUUUGAGCAUUUUAUUUAUAUUUGCUCUGAUAAAAACAGCUUUAAUUUUUGAGUGGAUUAAAGUCACCUUUAAAGUUAAGCCCAUCAGUAGAAGGAGAGAAAGGGGAACCCAAUGUGAAAGUGUCUUCAAUUGAGUAUAAACAGUAAGUACAAUAUCCUUCUGAUACUCUAUUAGAGGAGUGAGGCAUUUGGCACACAGACCCAAUAGUUGUCUAAAAACACAAAAACUUGCUCUUGCAGUACUUGGUGUCAUGCCAUAGGUUCAACAAAUUGCAUAGACAAAUGUAGAGAUACUGUCAUGAGCAAGUAUUGUUUCCUAUAAAACAAACAGCCUACUUUGGCCUUAGCCCAACAAUUCAUCAGGUAACAUGAGCUCUGAAAAGCACAAGGACAGGCUCCUUAUGUGUAUGAUGUGCCCUGUGAUAAAAGGAGAAUAUGCCCAAAGCCUACUUUCUGGACACAAACGCAUAAAUAAUAAAUACAAUCUAUGACAAUA